AUGAAACAACAAAUAAUUGAAGGAUGUUUAUCUAACAGAUUGCGACGAAAGAUUUUAAUGGAAAAAACAUUUACCCUGUCACAAAUAUUAGAUUAUGGAAGAGCAUUAGCUCGUACAGACCAACAAACAAAGGAAAUUAUAAAAAAGGACAUUUCUGAUGGUAAUGAGGAAUAUACUAAUCAAUUACAACAGGAUCACCGAAGACCUAGAACAACCAGUAAGUACUCGUCAUCAUCUAGUGAGAGAUGUUUUAAAUGUGGACUGGGGUUUCCACACAAGGAUAACCAGAAAUGUCCAGCUGUAGAUAAAGAAUGUUACAAGUGUCAUAAAGGGGGGCAUUUUGCUCGUGUAUGUAAAACAACCGGAGGAGCUACUAGUUCAUUCCAGCGUGUUAAUAAGGUUGAUGAACGGCAUUCAUCAACCCACAAAUCAACAAGUAAUUCGAGUAGUGACUCAGACAGCGGUUCAGAACACAUGUUCACAGUUCAACAAGCACAACAAAGUAAGCAUCCCUAUUCUACGGUCCGUGUUAAUGGAGUCCCGAUGAAAAUGAUGGUGGACAGUGGUGCGUCUGUUAACGUUUUGGGUCCUGAGGAUUUCGAACAUUUAAGCAAACAAAGCAAAGAACCAAUAUCCUUAAAAAAAACCAACACAAAGAUUCGUGCUUUUGGAGAAAAUAACCCUAUUCCCCUAUUAGGCAAAGUGGAGACAUUAGUAGAAUCAAAACAUUGUAUGACAGUGGCUACAAUUUACAUUACAGCAUCUCAAUAUGGUAAAUUGCUUAGUAAUACAACAGCACAGCAAUUAAGACUUAUUAAGUUUGAUCUAAAUUCAGUUUCUCAGCAAGCAGUACAAGAGGGUGAUUUGGAUAGAAAAGCCUUGCGACAAACCACAACCCAAGUUCAGAUACCUACUACAACCAGUAACUCGACAAGUAGUAAUGGUGAGAAAAGGACGAAAGUAUGCACAAGUACGCCAGACACAGGGCGAGUCUCGACUCUUUUAGAAGAGUACGCGGAUGUAUUUGAAGGUGUGGGACAUCUUAAAGGGUUUGAACAAAAACUGCACAUUGACGAUAGUGUGCCACCUGUGGCCCAAACAUACCGUAGAAUACCUUUUAAUCUUCGUCCUCAGUUAGAGAAGUGGCUUCAAGAGUCGCAGGAUAAUGAUUUGAUUGAACCUGUCGUUAAUAAAAGUACAGAGUGGGUCAGUGGAGUAGUGAUCGUGCCUAAGCCGAAAAAUCCGGACGAAAUACGUGUAUGUGGGGACUAUCGCAGAGUUAACGAAGCCAUUAAGAGGGAACACCACCCUAUGCCUACAAUUGAGGAACUAACAGAUGAUAUGAGCAAUGCAGCUCAUUUUUCUCGCCUAGAUUUAAGAAGCGGAUACCAUCAAAUUGUGCUUAACGAAGAAUCGCGUGGUAUAACAACUUUUACGACUCAUAAAGGUCUUUUCCAGUGGAAAAGACUCCCUUUCGGAAUUAACUCGGCAAGCGAAGUGUUUCAAAAUGCUAUCCAGCAUGCAUUGCAAGGAUUGAAUGGAGUUAAAAACAUUGUUGAUGACAUAAUUGUUUGGGGGCGAACUCAAAAAGAACAUGAUGCCAAUCUUCAAGCUCUAUUGCAGAGACUAAGAGACACCGGAUUGACUGCAAAGAAAAGUAAGUGCCUUUUCAAUGUGGACAGUUUAUGGUUUUAUGGCAUGAUUCUUAGUAAGAAUGGGAUUAGGCCUGACCAAGAGAAAGUUGUGGCAAUAAAAAAUACACCUGCCCCAAACAAUGUAAAAGAACUUCGUAGCUUUCUAGGACUCGUGAAUUACUGUUCGAAGUUUAUUCCUAAUUUCUCUACCAUUACGGCGCCGCUACGGAAAUUGGAUCGCAAAAAGGUUCCAUGGACAUGGGACGCUAGUCAUCAAGAGGCCUUUGAUCAGGUUAAAUCUUCGCUAUCUGAACAGUGUACGUUGGCCUAUUAUGACCCUAACAGAUCAACGAGUGUUGUUGUGGAUGCUAGUCCUGUAGGCCUAGGGGCUAUUUUGGUUCAACAUGACGAACAGGGCAUUUUGAAAGUGAUUGCUUUUGCUAGUAGAGCACUAACAGUAGUUGAACAGCGGUACUGUCAGACAGAACGAGAAGCGUUGGCAUGUGUGUGGGCAUGCGAGAAAUUUCAUUUAUAUUUAGUUGGUUGUCAGUUUACCUUGUAUACAGAUCAUCAAGCGUUAGAAAUCCUUUACUCAGCAAAGGCCAAACAAUCUGCUCGAAUACAGAGAUGGGCAUUGCGCCUCCAGCAGUAUAACUACACGGUCAAGUAUCGUCCAGGCACAGGGAAUCCGGCAGAUUUCCUUUCGCGGGCACCAAUUAACGAGCCCUCGGGACAGUCUAUUGCCGAAGAAUAUAUUAACUUUAUAACAGAGCAAGCCAUUCCCAGAACAAUUACCUUGUCAGAGGUGCAAGAAGCGACAAAGAACGAUAAAGAACUGCAGUCAGUUGGACGAGCACUUCAGUUUGGCAACUGGAAAGACAAAUCCAUAUCAGCUUAUUUUGCAGUACGGCAUGAAAUAACAUCAGUAAGGGGUGUACUGUUGAGAGGACACCGACUGAUUAUACCAAUAUCACUUCGAAAUAGAACUCUAGCCCUGGCACACAGGGGACACUUGGGAAUUGUCAAGACCAAACAAAAUUUGAGAACCAAGGUAUGGUGGCCUAGAUUAGAUAAAGAAGCAGAGCAACAUGUAAAGGAGUGUUUGACGUGCCAAAUAUCUGGUAAUCCUGAACCCCCUCCACCUCUAGCAGUUGUCCCACCUCCAAUGGCACCAUGGUCAUGUAUUCAUGUUGAUUUCUAUGGACCAGCACCUACAGGAGAGCAUCUAUUGGUGAUGUUAGAUGAAACAACCGGAUUCCCAGAAGUUGAGAUUAUGAAUAAAACCACAGCUUUUCAUACAAUACGAGCGUUUGAAAAAGUGUUUGCCCGACACGGACUGCCAGACACAAUUAAGAGCGAUAAUGGGUCGCCGUUCGAGGAAAUUAAGGACUAUCUGACAACACAAGGCAUCCACCAUCACCGUGUAACACCUUUUUGGCUCCAGGCCAAUGGAAAAGUGGAAGGCUUCAUGAAACCUAUGGGUAAAGCUAUUCGAGCGGCUUGGGCAGAGGGUCGAGAUUGGCAAAGAAAACUAUUCACAUUGUUGAUGAAUUAUCGUACUACGCCCCACCUAUCUACAGGUGUGGCGCCAGCCGAGAUGCUUUACAAACGAGUAAUUCGAUCUACCGUUCCGUCUUUCUCUCAGGCACCUGCCAAUACUGCUGCAAAAAGGGUUUUGAAAGGAAAGGCUAAGUCAAAACAAUAA